AUGUCAUCCACCGUCUACGCAUACUGCGUACUGACGGUCCAAGCACUCCUCGAACGCGGGGACGCCGCCGCCGACGAUGCCUUUGAGGAACUCGCCACAGCCCGGGCGUAUAUCGGCCUGUACAAAAGACGCCAGAAAUGGCGCCGGGGCGGCUACGAAGCCGGCGUGGACUACGAUGCCGUGGUGCGGGUCUUUGGUCCCCAUGCGACUGCGAAGGCUCCUUCCGUUCAGCAUAUAUUCGAGUGCCGUCGACAUGCGCACGUCAUUGCUGCUGGAUUUGCGUCGGCACGGGCUGGCCCUGUUAUUCUCGAAUCUCACGACGAAUGUCCUAUGCCUUGGGCCAACGGCUUUGUGUGCUUCAAGCGCAAGAAUUUGGAUCGGUACCGUGACAACACUGAUGGUCGUUACGACGGCGCGGCGCGGGCUGCAAAAAGGGUCCGCGUUGAAUCGGCACGGAAUGGCCUCGCGGGCUGGAGUACCAUGGCCCAAACAGGCGCUGCCCAGUUUUAUCUGGAGAUGGCAUACGACAACUUUGAUUGUGGCUUUCAGGGAGACCCCCAGCCUACGCUUGCGAGCCUUACCGAGGCGGACAUGGGUACCCAUGACGAGCGAGAGAAAGGGGCCAAACCGGCAGAGGCAGCAGGAAAGGAGAGGAGGUUGGAGGAUGAAUGCGAGUUGGCACUGUUGACGGGGGACGAGAAAGAUUUCGGUCCGGAGCAACUUGAAGAGGAAGUGAAUUUCUGGAGGAACUUCUAG